AGGUGAGGGUCGCUGAGCACCCAUGUUGGUGCACAACGGGACGGACAACACCCUCGGGGGCCCCGCCCUCACCAAGGUGGCUCGGGUGGAUGGAGUGUUGGGCGGACCCAUCUUUACCACGACUGCCACCAGCGCUGCCACCACCGCCGCCACCGCCGUUGCCGCUACAACAGCGACCACCACCGCCGCCGCCGUCGCAGCCCUUCAGCACCACCACGCCGAGGCGAACUUCACCCUCGGGACGCUGUAUAAUGACUCGGGCGGCAGCGACGGCGGCGGCGGCGGAGGAGGAGGGCGACUCGGAGGGCUGGAGGCCGACUUCUCUUGGGCGGAAGGCUUCAACGACUCGCUGGCCUCCACCGUGACGGGCUUCCUCAUGGGCAACGUGACGGACGAGGGCGUCGCGGCCGAGAACGUGACGGCGGCCGAGAGGAUCGUCUACUGCAAGGAGUGGACGGGCGCGACGCUCACGCUCUUCCAGGUGGCCAACUUCUUCUGCCUGCUGGCCUUCCUCGUCCCGCACAACUUCCGGCUGUCGGCGCUGGUGAUGCGAGCGGUCCUCAGCGUCGGGAUCCUCCUGUUCGCGCUGUGGGCGGCCCUGGACAUCUGCGCGGCCGACAUCUUCGCCUGGAACCUGAGCUUCCUCGUGGUCAACGCGGCCCACGUCCUGCACCUGACGUACACGGUGUGGCCGCCGCGGGUGCACCAGGACCUCGCCGACCUCUACGCCAAGGUCUUCAAGCCCCUCAGGGUGAACCGGCAGAACUUCAGCGCGCUCGUCAAGGAGGCGACGCUGAUGCGGCUGGAGGUGGGCGACACGUACGCGGUGGAGGACGCGACGGCGGCCGACGAGCGCCUCUCGAUUCUCCUGUCGGGCAAGCUGAGGGUGAGCUGCGACAACACCCACCUGCACAACAUUCUGCCGACGCAUUUCAUCGACUCGCCCGAGUGGGAGGCCUGCGCCGACGACUCCGACGAGCUCUUUCAGGUGACCAUCGUGGCUGAGGAGCCGAGUGAGUACCUGUGCUGGUCGCGGCCCCGCCUGCGGCACGUGCUGCACCUGCGGCCCUUCCUCCGCGCCGUGAUGCACAACCUAAUAGGUAAGGACAUUACCACCAAGCUGUACUCGCAGCAUGAGCAGCUGGGCGUGGACGGCACCGGCGAGGCGGUGGGCGCGCGGGCGGGCGCGGGCGGCCUCGGGGCAGAGGACGUGUGGCGGGGCGCCGUGCAGCGCUCCAUGAGUGUCGACAACGUCCACACUGGUACUAAGGGCUUCGUCAGGUCCUUAGCAUGGCGCACCUCUCACAGACGCACCUCAGGGCCGUACAGCGAGAGUGUCCGUAAGUACUUAGGGAUCGAAUCACACCUUGGAGACAACAUCCUUAAGGAUUAUGUCCUGCAAGUCACAUUUUUGAGAGUAAAAUUCUGCGAAGCCUGUCUUAGUCCGCAAGUCCUCAAGGUGGUUGAAGUCACAGUGUAUAUGUCAUGA